UCUGAAAAAAUAAAAUGCUCCACAUUAUCAUUCAUUUUCUUUCCCUUUUUCUCCCCGAAUUUUAUUUCGUUCCCCCACUAUUUUCUAAUUCUAUUCCCGUCUAUCUAUUUCAAAAUAAAUUUUUAUUGUUAUAUUCUUCCUCUGUUUAAUCUCCCCCCGUUUCCUUUUCAUUUCUUUUUUAAUCUUUGCCCCCACAGAAAAUAUUUGCUCUCUUCUUUGCUCGUCACAAGGCAAACGCAAAUCCAUGGAGAAGAGUGGGAGGGGGAGAGAGAGUGGGAAGAGAGAGAAAAAGCGAACGCAAUAAGCUCCCCCAAUUAGCCAAUUAGGGCUCAGCCCAGAAAGCGAAUCCCACUGCUUUCCUUCCCUUCCCUUCCCUCGUCGUCUCUGUCUCUGUAGCUGUUUAGGGCUUCUUUUCAUUUGUUGCCAUUUGGAAGGAGUAGCUUGAUUCUCUCUCCCCCCCUCUUUCUUUCUUUCUGUAUUUUGGCUCCAAAUGAAUGAAUUUUGGAAUGAAACAAUCGGUCUCUGGCUCUCUGAAGUUUGGCAACUAGCUGAUGAAGAUUGAAGAAGCAGCAGGAGCUUUAGCAGCUGUUCGUCAGGGAUUCUGAAAGAAAGGAAAAAAAAAAAAGAAGGGGGAUUACAACUUUCUGUUUGAUUUUGUGGAGCUGCCAACUUCGUUUCCUGUUUUCCUUUUUGCUGGGGAAGUGGUCCUCGUUGCUGCGGAGUAAAGUUUUUGUGACUGGGGUUUUUUCUUUAGGGUUUUGUCGGAGUGAUCUCCAAGCAGUUUGAGCACUUUCUUCUCUGCUAAAAGCCGGCUUUUUUGUUGUCCAGAGAUGUGGGUUGGAGUUUCAGGGAGGUAACUUUAUAGGUUUGUUAAGGUUUGGUAGUGAAUUAGGACAACGGGUAAAUGGAAGCCACUGAAUCAAGCAUGGGAUUUCACAGAGACGAAACCUUGGGCUCUGUGCUUGGGGGGCGGGCAAUAUCUUUUCAAUCAGGCGCAAUUAACAGCACGUCGGAGAUGAUUCCCAUGGGAAAUUACUUCGGGAUGAGUAGUUGUACUACUAUGGGUAUGGUGAUGCCCGGGAACUCCACCAUGGCCAACAACAACAGCAACCCUGGAAUGGUUCAAGUGCCAUCUUGUAACUCUCCUGCUUCUUCUCUGCUUCUGGAUUCUGUUCCUUCCUUCAAAGCUGACACAGGCUUGGCUGUUGAAUGGUCGGCUGAAGAGCAGUACAAGUUGGAGGAGGGUCUUGAAAAGUUUUCUGAUGAACCAAGUAUUAUGAGAUACAUAAAGAUUGCUGCCACCAUACCCGAGAAAACAGUUCGAGACGUUGCAUUGAGAUGUAGAUGGAUGACGAGAAAGCGAAGAAAAGCUGAAGACUAUACUACUGGCAAGAAGUUCAAUAAUAGGAGGGAAAAACUAGUGGAGUCGUCAUCAAAGAUGAUUGUGCCUUCGCCUCUGGCACAGAACUUGUCAGUCUACCCUCUGAUGAUGCAGAACAUGAACCAGACUGCAUCUUUGCCUUUUGAAGUUUCAGGAAUAAGCGGUACAUCUAGGCAUCUUUUGGAGCAGAAUAUUCAAGCUUUUAGCCAAAUAUCAGCUAAUCUUUCUGCAUUCAAGUUUCAGGAGAACAUUGAUCUCUUCUGUCACACGAGGAACAAUAUCACUGCAGUAUUGAACGACAUGAGAGAAAUGCCUGGUAUAAUGAGCCAGAUGCCACCGCUACCUGUAUCGAUAAACGACGAUCUUGCAAAUAGUUUAUUGCCUACUACAGCUCAGUCAAUGAUGUUUGGGUUGCCUGGCGGGAUGCAGUUGAAGCAAGAGCCAAGGUGUUAGCUGAUGAGGGAGUUGAUAAAGGUGGAUUGACUAGGUUAAUUAUGUAUGUGAGCAGGUCUGGUGGUGUAUGUAAGUAGAAAAAAUGAUUUGGGCAACUUCAUUUGGUGUUUGAUUUUAUUAACUACCCUUUUCUUUCUUUUGCCUCCCCCAACCAUUGACUCUGGAUCUUCUUGGCAUUCAAUGUCAUGUAUCAUGUGUGUACUUACCUAUUGAUCAUACUUUGAUGAUUUUAUGGGAGUAAAGAAAGAAAAGAAGGAAAAGGGCGGAGUAUCAUUUUGCAGCAGAUGCAGGGUAAGUGUAGAAGUGCGCUUGUAAUAGUCGAGUUGGUCUGGACCACCGCCGCUCUGAUUUUGCCUCCUGGGCUCUUGAUUUGCUUCUUUAAAGUCCAUAUAUUUGCUUCCUUAUUCGUCCUAAGUGUGCC